CUUUCUCUACUUUUCCCAAAUCAAACGAAACCCUAAUCCUCUGCCCCCACCAAAGAACAAUGGUGUGCAUCAGGAAGGCGACAGUGGACGAUUUGCUGGCGAUGCAGACCUGCAAUUUGUUCUGCCUGCCGGAGAAUUAUCAGAUGAAGUACUACUUGUACCACAUUCUCUCAUGGCCGCAGCUCCUCUACGUGGCCGAGGAUUACAACGGCAAGAUUGUCGGUUAUGUUUUGGCCAAAAUGGAGGAGGAAACUACCGAGUGCCACGGCCACAUCACUUCUCUCGCCGUCCUCAGAACUCACCGGAAACUCGGCCUCGCCACCAAACUCAUGACUGCUGCUCAAAACGCCAUGGAACAGGUGUAUGGCGCGGAGUAUGUCUCGCUGCACGUCAGAAAAAGCAACAGGGCUGCAUUUAAUUUGUACACUGAAACGCUAGGGUACAAGAUACACGACGUGGAGGCAAAAUAUUAUGCCGAUGGGGAAGAUGCUUAUGACAUGAGAAAACAAUUGAAGGGUAAGAAGCAUCACCACCACCACCACCACCACCAUGGUGGUGGGUGUUGCUCCGCGGACUUGAAAGCAGAUGAAAAGCCUGGGUCAGCGGAGACGAAAACAGAGUGAUUUGAAUCAAGUAAGUGGCCAGAAAUUUGUUAUUCUUCCUAUCACUUGGCAUGGGAACAUCAGCCCCCACUGCUUGUGUACGUAUUAUAGUCUGCUUUGGCAGCUUGGACGUCUGAAAAAUGUACUGUAAGAACACUUUUUUGAGGGGUGGGGAUGUAGUAAUGCAAGCUCGAUUAGUUAUGACGGCAAUGGUGUUUGAUGUAUUUGCCCAUCCUUCCACCGUAGUUUUUGCUUGUUCCACUGAAAAAUUGAUGUCCGAGGAUGAAAGUCUUCAAAUAAUGUCGCCAAAGAACUGUGAUACCAUGAUCCUUUAGUGGCAGUCAUGCAUUUGGAGUUUAUUCUGCGUUCACUUGAAAGUUGAAAUUCAAAACCUCUUUGAGGUUCCUGUUUCGGUACAAAAUCUAGCAAGGAGGUUAGCCUCUUGUUAGUUAUCACAACGGGAAUAUAUUGUAUUUGUGAUAUAUUUUGGAUGUAAUUAAUGUAAGAUUAAAAAUCAA